GUGGUCGAGUACCUUGGGCACUUUAUUUCUCAUGACGGUGUCAAGGUGGAUCCAAGGAAGAUUGAGGCGAUGGUGGGUUGGCCGAAACCCACGAGCUUGAUGCAGUUGCGAGGGUUCCUUGGUCUUACGGGCUAUUAUCGCAAAUUCGUGAAGGACUAUGGAACCAUCGCGAAGCCACUCACAGUGAUAACGAAGAAGGGAGCAUUCAAGUGGACGGAGGUGAGUGAGAAGGCUUUCGAGGAGCUGAAGGAGGCCAUGACGACCACGCCCGUGCUCGCAAUGCCGAGGUUUGAUGUGUUGUUCGAGAUUCACUCAGAUGCGAGUGACAUUGGAAUCGGGGCGGUUCUGGUGCAGGAAGGACGACCCUUGGCCUAUCUCAACAAGGCACUCGGGCCGGCGCGCAUAGGGUUGUCCGUGUACGUGAAGGAAAUACUGGCCGUGGUCAAGGUCGUGUGCGUGUGGAGGCUGUAUUUGCUUGGGCGACACUUUCGGAUUGUCACGGACCAGCAGCCGCUCAAGCACUUGCUCGAGCAAAGGAUCAUGACGCCCGAGCAGCAGAAGUUCGUGUCCAAAUUGAUGGGGUUCGACUUCGAGAUAGUGUAUCGACCCGGUCGCCAGAACACCGUGGCCAACGCAUUGUCUCGCCGGGAAGACGUGGCCGAGCUCGAUGCAGUGACGGGGCCGAUGUGGGCCAUUUGGGUCGAGCUUCAGAAGGCACAAGACGAGGAUGCACAUUGUCGGGAUGUGAUUGAGAAGCUGAACGUGGGACACGACGAGGACGAGGACCUAGACAUGCACGAUGGCUUGCUCUUUUAUCAUGGGCGAGUCGUCGUGCCCGAAGCAGGAUCGUUGUGCAAGGACAUCAUCCGGCAUUUCCACGACUCGAAGUUUGGAGGACACUCAGGAGUUUUCUGGACAUGGAUGAGGAUUGCGAGCACUUUUUAUUGGCCGGGGCUGAGGGGUGAUGUGCGCGACUACGUUGGGCGAUGUGAAGAGUGCCAACGCACUAAGGCGGACGCGCAUCGACCAAGCGGGCUGCUCCAACCUUUGCCAGUUCCCGCGCGUAUUUGGGAGGACAUCACCAUGGAUUUUAUCGAGGGGUUACCACUCUCGAAUGGGUUUAGUGGAGUCAUGGUGGUAGUCGACCGCCUUACCAAGUAUGCGCAUUUUCUUCCACUCACUCAUCCAUACACGGCUAAGUCUAUAUCAAAAUUGUUUGUUGAAUACGUGAUGAAAUUGCAUGGGGUGCCGCGGUCAAUAGUGUUUGACCGAGAUCGGAUAUUUAUGAGUAGUUUUUGGUCGGACUUCUUUAAAUUGCAGGGAACUGAGCUAAGCAUGAGCUCCGCUUAUCACCCACAAACCGACAGACAGACGGAGGUGACCAAUCGCACACUCGAGCAGUACCUUAGGUGCUAUGUGCAUCAGUUUCCAAAGCGAUGGGAGGAUCAUUUACCUUGGGCCGAGUAUUGGUAUAACACCACUUACCAUAGCUCGACGAAGGCGACGCCGUUCGAGUUGGUGUAUGGGCGCAAACUGCCGAUGAUCGUGAGUUACUCGAUGGGGAGCGCCGUGAACGAUGAG